GCACAGCCCACAGGUUACCAAAACAGAUCUUUCUCUUUCACCUCCUCCGAUUGAAGAUUCAUUUUUUCUCUCUCUGUUAAAAAGUGGCGGGUCGUGGCGGUGUUGGUGGUGGAUGGCAAGAACCAACAAAUAUACCUCCAUUAACUAUAAUCAUGUCUAUGAAAAAAACUUGACAAACAACGCCACAAACAACCCAACGAAACAAUCUUCCUCUUCUUCUCCUGGUUCGUAUUCUGCAAUUUCAUCUCCAAAUGCUUAUAAAAACCACCUUUCGUCUUCUUCUCGGACUCAUGGUCGUAUGCUGGUUUUGACCCGACCCGUUACAAAACCCGUUUCCUUCGUUCCUAACUCUUCACUUUCACCUUCGCCCCAAAGCCCAUCGACUCAACAAUCUCAAGUGCAAACUUCAGAUCAGAACCGGUCCGAGCCGGAAUCCGAUCAGAUUUCUCUCCGUCCUUUGGGUCGAACGGGGGCAGCUACGUGUGUUUCCUCUCCGGUUCUGUUACCGGAGAGGGAGAAGGAAGUGGGAUCGCCGAAGCCAAGCAAAUUCGUGCCGCCGCAUCUUAGACCGGGUUUUGUUGGGAAGGAGGAGAGACCAGGACCAGAGGUUCUUAGAGGGAAGGAAGCUAGCCAGAGGCUGCAUCCACCAUCGCAGCAACAACAACAGGGCUAUUUCGUGUCUUCCGAUGGUUGUGAAGAGGGUGGGCGGCCAAAGUCAGGUGGUUAUGAGAGGAUGAUAAGAGGUGGCGAGUCAGAUCUGGGUUUGAUGCCUCGUCCUAGAUCCAGUGGCAACCGCCCCAGCUCAAGUGGAUGAGCUUUUCUCGAAAUAGGAGUCUUUUCCAGGGACAGGGAUGGAAUGUUCUUGAGAGCUAAACGAAGGUUCUUCAUCAAGCUGGAGAUGCUUUCCUCUGUCCUCGUUUCUCUGGAAUUGGAGUAAUGUGUUUUUUGGCAGAUAAGUAGCAUUUUUAACUCAUGGAAGAUAGGUGGCACCUUUUGGGUUUCUUGAGCCUGUUGAUAGAAUUUAUAUUGAAUUGAUGUAAAGGAAAAAGAUAUGGAACUAAAGCUGCAUCAUUGUUCAGUAAUUCAAUCUUCUUCGCUGUUUAAAGAAGACUUCAAGGCACUGCCAAUAGAAUGUAGAAUUUACUUGUGUGAUUUGUUUUUGUUUAAUUGGUUUUACGAGUAUUGGACGCGAGCAUAUUUGUCUAGAUGCUGUGUCUUGAACGUAUACUUUUUCCACUUUCUAUUGUACUUCAAACAAAUUUUUUUCUUUCGUAAGAUGGUCUCAUUUUGUUCAUCAUCAACUUUGUAAUUGCAAAUUUCCUUA